AAUAUUACAACUGGCAAAGAUACAAGCUGGCUACAAGUGGAAGUUUGUCGAGAAUUUUUACGUAGCAAAUGUGCACGAGAUGAAGGUGAAUGCAGGUACGCACAUCCUGGUAACAAUAUUCAAAUCGACAAUGGCUUCGUAACUGCCUGUUACGAUUCUAUCAAAAAUCGAUGUAAUCGUGAGGUUUGCAAGUACUUUCAUCCACCGAAGCAUUUAAAAAUUCAACUAGAAAACAACGGCAGACUAAACUUAAGACAGCAACAACAACACCAGCAACAGCAACAGCAACAACGACAGAUGCAGCAACAGCUGCUACUUACAACUGGACCACCAUUCGUAGGGCAACCAAUAGUAAAUAUUAAGGAAGGAAUACACUAUAAUCGAUUUCUGCCAUAUAGCGCACCUUUUGUUAGCAUAGUUCCAGCAUUAUAUCCGGAAUAUGUAACUAGUGCUCCACUAGAACCGAUACUGAUUAACAAUGCUAUCGGUAAUUCUAUGCCUAAGAAGCCUGCUAAAGUUGACCGAAUGGAGGUUUGUCGGCAGUACAGACGUGGCACAUGCUCACGGGGUGAAGAUGAAUGUCGCUACGCUCAUCCUCCUACUAAUGUUGUUAUCGAUAAAUAUGAUAACACUGUCACAUUAUGCAUGGAUCACAUCAAAGGGAAGUGCCAACGCGAUGUAUGCAGAUACUUUCAUCCACCUCCGCAUCUACUAACACGAGUAAAGCAACAGCAAGCUCAG